AUGUCGACAGUCGAAGAAGAGCUGCCGACCACUAUUUCCGAGGAUUUUGGGUUCAAACCUCUGGGGGAAAUUGACCUUUUGCCAGGAUUUAACGAAAAUGUACCUUUCUCAAGGCUUCAUAACCUAGCCGUUUCCAAUCAGAGGGGUCUUUACGUUGCCGCAGGUGGUGGAAAGGUAGUUGCGGGCGAGUUGCAAAACCUGAGGGAUCAAAUUCUGCAGGAAACAGAUGGAAAGAGAACACUGGAGUUCCUUCUUGAAGUAAAGACGGAAAACGUUAUAUAUGUGGGUUUCCACGGGACCUCAGAUGCAGAGAUUAUUUGGAUUUCGAGAACAGGCAUUCUUCACAGGUUUGAUGUUGCAAAGAAAGAAACUACUCAAAGUUCGAUCAAUAAUGCAGAUCCCGAUGCAACGUCGAAAAUCGUGAAAGUUCAACAACUGCGCGGCUCUAGCAAGUCAUUUCUGGUCCUGUACAGUAGCAAAAACCUUUAUUCAGUCACCGAGUCCGGAGAUGCAACACUUGUAGCUGAAAAGGUUUGCGAUUUAGACGUGGGAAAAACCAAUUGGGCACUCUUUUCGCUUGACGGUACCAUCACAGUAUACCAUUUAGGUGGGACUAUUAUCGAGAAAACUAUUGAGCUGCCACAAGAUAUUCGAAAUGAAAUGGACGAGGAUGUACAACCGCUCUCUGUGUUAGCCCUUUCUCAAGCUCAGUUUGUCGUGGUUUUGGGCGAAGACGUACCGGAAUUCGACGAGGAUGCGGAGUACGAUCACAAAGUUUACGUGGUCAGCAACAAUGAAGAUACUGGUACAGCGUUUCAUGAAAGUUACGAUAUAGCGCCUGCCUUUAAGAGUGUAGUCAGGAACCCAACCUACUACAAGUACAUUCUGAAUGAUCUCAUACCAUCAAUUCCCAAUCUAUUCAUCAUCGCAUCUGCUACAUCGCCUGAAAUCACACUUCUAGAUGAAAAGGAAGUACUACAGCCCAAUCAAGAUAGCGAUCGCGCAGUUUUACCUAUAAAUCCGAAAACUGACAACGAUACAAACCCUAUAGGGCUAGCUGUUGAUCUCACAUCUUCUGAGCAAAUACCCGAGCCUUGUUCAGGUGUUGAUUUUGCUGUUAGACUGCCAUUGGUGUUCGUUCUGAAUAAUGAAGGACGUUUAUCUGUCUUCGCAUUAUUUCACAGCUCUGGAAUAAGAAGCAAACAAUUUUCAGCCAAACCUAGUGAAGAAAGCUGGGAACCUAUGUUCAAUGCUCACUCGCGCACAUCAUUUGAUUACGACAAAGAUCAAGCUAGUGAGUUGUCACCAAGCGCUGGUGAGACGACCUCGUUGACUGAAGGGAGCACAAGCGGCGAAGAGGAAGAAAUCAAGGUUUCCCGGUUAGGCGAUCAGCAAUCGGGUAAGCAACCUACUUCGACGUCCACAACCAGCACAUUUGGGCAAACUCCCUUUGGUCAGUCGCCAUUCAGUACGAAAGCUACUGCAUCAUUCGGACAAACCGAAUCAACCGGUUCGGCGUUCAAAUUCGGAAGCUCAAAUAAAGACGGCCCAUUUUCUGCGUUUGGUAAACUGCCAUCCCCAUUUGGUGAAAAGAAGAGCUCAGCUUUCGGCCCUCCAGAUUUCUCUUUGAAGGAAAAGGAAUCACCCGAGAGCAAGUCUAACGCUAAGAAGGUCCAAGAUAAUGCACCAAAUUCGAGUUUCUCCACACCAACUUUCGGAACGUCUACCUUCGGGCGUCCUGAUCUCGGCUCCAAGCAUAUAAGCGAGCAAAAUCCCUUUAGCAAACCGUUUUUCUCUCCACCAUCUGAUACUGCUUCCCCAUUUAAGAAUGCUUUAAGCAAUACGAAUAAGGGUGUUGGCGAAGAUUCGAGUAAGAAAUCAGGAUUUGGAAGCGGAUUUGCUUCGUUUGCUACAUCAGGAUCUCCAUUCGCCAGUGUGGGUAAAAGCUCAUCUCCCUUCGGCACUCCUAGUUUUCCGUCUCAGUCAGCAGGAGCGACGGACUUAAGUCAGAAGCCGUCUUCAUUCGGAGCCCCGAACUUUUCAUCCGGUUCAACGCAGUCGCCCUUCGCUCAGCUGAAGUCCCCAUUUGACAAGAAUGCUCCAAGUGCUAGUCCAUUUGCAUCGCUACAACUUCCAGUACCGGAGGAUGUAGCCGAAUCAAAAGGCGAUGGUACGUUGGAUGAUGAAAACAGCACAGGCUUUAAUAAUGAAGCCAGUGAGGCGUCGAAUGUCAGCAGCAGCGUUUCUAGCGAAAGUGAGGAUAGCGUUUCUGAAGAUUCCGAUCCAAAUGCAAAUGAGGUGGCAGGUUCUACUGCUGCAGAGAGCGGCGAAGAAAACAAGCCAUCAACUGGUGAACAAGCAUCUGAUUUCAGUACCUUAACCGAGAGAAUAAAAAAAGUCGCAAAUGCUAGAUCUGAAACCAUCCAUGAACCUACGAGUCACGAAGACGCGAAGCCUUCUAAUCAUUUAAGUGCGCCUACUUCCGCGUUUUCAAAAUACACCGCGACUUUGAGCAGAGGCGCUACUCCUGACUUUUCCUUUGCCAAUAUAGCGAAGAACCGGUCCAGCUCAAGUGGUCAUGUUCAAACUUCUACGGGCAGCGAUUUUAAGGAAGAAAGUCAGGGUGCUACUGAGACAAGUGGACUUGAAUCCAAUGACAAUCGUGGAGCGUCUGCUACAAUCGGUCAUAAUAGUAAGGAGCUUGCUCAGAUGGCUCCAAGUGAAGUUAACGAAGAGCUUAAGUUGGAAGACUCUGGUGCUACAGAAUCCAUACUAAAGGAACCGGAUAUGGUUGAGGCUUCACAAGAACCACAAAUUGAAGAUAAAGAAGAAGAUAUGGAUGCAGAUCGAGGCCGUGAUCAAAAUGAAACACAAAUACCGGAUCACCCCAAGAAUACCGAAGAGGCUAUUAAUGAAAGCGAUCGCAAGACGAGCAUCAGCGAGGGAAACCCGGGAGAGACAACUAUACAGAAGAACGGAAAAGAGGACUCAAUUGUUACGUCAGAAGAAGAUUCUCCUGUCAAUGUUCCAGGGAGCGAAGCUAUUGCAAAAAAGUCAAGCACAAGCACGGAGAACGAAUCGUUUGAUGAGUUAGAAGACCUGGAAGAAGAGCUCGAUCAAAUUAAGAUUGGGAAAAAACAAAGUCGGAAGCCUUCAUCCAACGAUUCUACGACAGAGCCACAUAUAUGGAGUGUUGACGACAGUAUUCAGACCCAGCAAGUCGAAACAUCAAGCAAUGGAACACAGACAUAUUUUCAGGUUGACGAUGCCGCCGUCGUGACCGAUCCAGUUGGAUUGAGAGACUUUGAUGUUCAAAGCUUCGAAAAUGAUGAAGCGUAUCUAGCGCAGCAGUACAAACCUAAGCCCUUUGAGCCUUUCUAUACAGGUGCAGAAUUGACACCAGUACAACCCAGACAUACAAACGCGACGCUGAAUAGAAUCGAAGUCACCUUCCGGGUGGUCUCUGCAGAGAUUGAUGUUUUGGAAACCAAUAUGAAAAAUCUAAGACUACUUCUGAGCGAUCAAAGCUCAAAACCUUUCUCUAGAACGCGGGAAACACUCUAUCAGACAUACACGUGGCGCCUGGCAGAAGUUGGAGACCUAGACUUUAUCGUUGACGGUUUGCUCACUGAAGCACAAACGACAACUAGAACUACCGCUGCUCUUUCGUCUGGUACUCAGGAAUUGCUAGGGAAAGAUCUUGAUGAUUUGGAAAGAGGUCGUUUUUCUGCUAGACGCCAGUUCGAUCAAUUGCACGAAAUUCAUGAUGAAAGACAUUCUAAUGGGAGAGCACUGACGUUUAAACAGACACAGAUGCAGCAUAAGCUGAGAAGCAAAACUUUAGCUGCUCAGAAACGUGUUCAGGGUAUUGAGGAUACCCUGAGACUUCUGAAGUCUCAUUUUUCUAAAGACGACAUAACCAAGGCUCCAAUGGUUACGAGAAUGGUUAAGGGAAGUGAGAAGAGAGGGGAUCUUCUAGACGCUAUCCAAUCGCUUCGAAAAGAAGUAGCAGAAUUAAAGCUGAAGGACAAGGAUUUCUCUAAUCUUUCGGAUUCUGAGCGAACUCUUCAAACAGUACCAAUAAGUGAUUUGAAACUGAAAUUCGAUACGAAGAAACAACUCGGUGACUUCUUCAAAUGUAAAAACGCGAAUAUUACGUAA